UGGAUAACCUGUUCGCUACUUGGAGGUCGCAGUGCGCGGGACACUGUCAUGCCGGGAUACCUGGAUACCUGGAUAGCCCUAAUUCAGACAUAAAUACUGCAAUACUAUCGGAGCACAGACAACAGUAUUGUUCCCUGUACAACAAGCGAUGUAACUUCAGUAUCGCCCCGCCGAUCGCUUACUGGAUCGAGACUAAGCUUUGCAGGGGAUCGUCGCCAUAAUAAGCCGAUUGUUGCUCACUGCCUCCCCCUCUCCAACCUCUCUCACCUCUGUAUUCACCAUUCACCCUCACGAUGCGUUCGGUGUGGUUGCUUUCAUUAGCUGCGUGUCUAGCCCAGGCACUGGAAUACAAAGCGUACAACUUCUCUGCCCCGAUAGACCACUUCCACAACGAGACCCGCUACGAGCCCCAUAGCAAUGCCUCGUUCAACCUCCGCUACUGGUUCGACGACAGUCACUACCAGCCUGGAGGGCCGGUAUUCGUAAUCGCCGCGGGUGAAACAGACGGUGAAGACCGGUUUCCAUUCCUAUCACAGGGAAUCGUCACCCAGCUCGCAGAGGCCUACCACGGGCUAGGCGUCAUCCUCGAACACCGCUACUACGGAACAAGCUAUCCAUUCAAGGAUGUUACAGCAGAUAAUCUCCGGUUUCUAUCGACAGAGCAGUCCCUCGCCGACUACGCAUACUUCGCGUCGAAUGUCGUCUUCCCAGGACUGGAAGACCAAGACCUAACAGCGUCCACAACCCCAUGGAUCGCCUACGGGGGCUCCUACGCCGGCGCCCAGGUCGCCUUCAUGCGAAAAGUCUACCCAGAGGUCUUCUGGGGCGCUGUAUCCUCGUCCGGCGUCACGGCCGCAAUCAUCGACUACUGGAACUACUACGAGCCCAUCCGCAACUACGGGCCUGCCGACUGCAUCGACACCGUCCAGACAAUCACGGAUCUGGUUGACCGCAUUCUCAUCGAUCACCCAGACAACCAUACCCUGCACGCGCAGAUCCAGGCAGCAUACGGCGUCUCGCCGCCAAUCAACAACACCGACUUCGUGUCUACCCUGUCGAGCCCGCUGGGCUUGUUCCAGUCUCGGAACUGGGACCCGGCCGAGGGCUCGUACGGAUUCAGGGCUUAUUGCGAUAAUAUCACCUCGCCGCACCCUCUUUACCGGCCAAACAACGCCACGGGUCUUCUGCCCAGUCUUGUGGACGCAGCAGGGUACGAUUCCUCGAAUAAGACCCUCCUAGCUGCCCUCCGCAACAACAUCGGAUACCUCAAUGGCUCAGCCCCAGAGACGGAAUCCAGCAGCAGCAGCAGCAGCAGAAGUGGCAGGAAAAGCACGCUCCCCCAAACCUCCACGACAAGCUGGAACUACCAAGUGUGCACAGAAUGGGGCUACUUCAUGCCAGGCUCCACAGUUCCCUCGUCCAUCCGGCCCCUGAUUUCCCGCCUCAUAGACAUCGAGUAUAGCUCCAGCUUCUGCAGUUCCGACUUCGGCAUCGACUCACCCCCCGAUGUCGAGCAGGUGAAUAAGCACGGUGGAUUCAACUUCUCGUACCCCAGAGUAGCUAUACUCGGGGGCACGGCGGAUCCGUGGCGUGAUGCGACCCCGCAUGCAGAGGGUCUGCCGGGGAGGAAGUCGACGCGUGAAGAACCGUUUAUCCUUGUUGAUGUUGAUGCGGAUGAUGUGUGGGAUGGGAUUCGGGGGGCAGUGCAUCAUUGGGACCAGAAUGGGCUGAGUGUGGAGCAGGUUGAGAGUGGGGAGAGACCGCCAGCAGUGAUUCAGAGGGUGCAGAGGGAGAUUGUGGACUUUGUUGGCGGGUGGUUGGAUCAGUGGGAGGCGAAGGAGGAUCUGUAGUUCGUAUCUGAGUGAAGAAGUGCCAUUAAUUUGUCGAGUUUAUGAACAUAUGAAGCAGAAGACUGAAUCGAAAGAACGCUAAAUACUCGUACAAAGCAAAAAGGCAGCGAAGCACCGAAACACCACCA